GCCCGCAGGGAGGCAGAGGCCCGAAGGCGGCGCCAGGAGGAGGAGAGAAAGCAGGAGGAGGCCGCGAACAACGUGCGUGAGGUGCUCAAGAAGCUGCGCAAUGCAACACCCGACAAUUUGAAGAGUCUCCAGGCCGAUCUGGACAAAGCAGCUGCCUCGAACUUCCAGGCCAUGGGAGCACUGCGGGACCGCGUUAACGACGAGAUGCAGCACACCAUCACGCAGGUUCAGAAGCGCAUCGCCGAGGAGUUGAAGCAACGGGAGGAAGCAGAGCGGCGGCGGCAGAUGGAGCUGGCGCGCGUGGAGCAGCUCCUGAAAGAGGCGGCAGCGGAGGUCCAGAGCACCGAGGCCCGGGUGACGCAGGCGCAGGAAGCCACCACCCUGGCGUGCCAGCGGGGCAUCGAUGCCGAGGCGGCUCCCGAAGACAUCCUGCAGGCCGUGCAGGAGGCGGGAAAGAUCUUGGAGGACGCGAAGGGUCUCCUGGACAGGUCCGAGCGCCUCUUGUCGGUGAAGAAGGAGGCCAUGGGCGCGGGCGAGGGUGCCCGGCACGUGAAGCGCGAGGUGGACGAUUUGACGGGCCGGCUGCAGCAGUCCCACCGGAGCUUGCAGAGGUGCACUGAGACCCUGGAGGAGACCCGAGGACGUGGCUUGCGACGAGCGGCCGCUUUGAAGCAAGACCAGGACUGGAUGGCUGCCUUCAAGAGGCAUGACGUGGACGAUGACGGGCAGCUGAGUAGCGCCGAGGUGGAAGCUUACGCAAGAGAGAAUGGGGUGGAGCUGUCUGGCGAGGUGCUGAGCCGCAUCAUGCGAGUGCUGGAGCCGGUCACCUUCGAGAAGUUCCUGCGCUUGCGGCAGAAGGUGGGCAUCGCCAAGUUCGAGGCCGAGGCUCGCACCAGGCGGGCUGCAGAAGAGGAGCAGCAACGAGAGGCCGAAGCCCAACGGCUCAAGGUCCAAGAAAUGGUGGAAGUCAUCACUGCCCAGUUCGAGGAUGGAAAGCUGAAGCUCCAGCAGGUUUCCGAGGAGCUCAAGUCCCUGGAGGCCUCCGCCUCCUCGGAGGACGUGAGGGCAGGCACGGAGAAGGCCGAGAGCCAGGGCCGAGAGGUGCGAGAGAUGCUGGACGCCAUCUCGCGGCAGCUGGAAGAGGCGGCGCUGCCUCGCGCUGCCUCCUCGCUGCCUCCUCUUUUUCAAAAAGAGGCCACGCAGGGCUUCCCGCCCUUCGAGCGGGAGCCGAAGCUCAAGAAGGAGGUCUUCCGCUUGCAGGAGCAGCACCGGAUCCUGGAGGUGCAGCUGGAGAAGGUCCUGGGCCACGCGCGGGCCUCCAAGGAGGCGGUGGCCAAGAAGGCCCAGGCAGAGACCUUGGAGCUUCGGGCGCGGGCGGUGGCAGCGCUGCGGGCUCGGAUGAGCGCGGAGGGCCAGUCCGGGGAGGCCCUUUUUGAGGCUUCCGCCGGAGCGGGAGGUCUGAUGGAGCUGGAGAGCUUCCAGGAGCUCCUGAAGGACCUCGCCCCGGCCGCGCCGCUCGAGCGGCUCUUUGUCUCGGUUGCAGGUGCUAAAGAGUUGGACAAGGCCACAUUCUUGGAUCUUAUCCGAUUGUACUUCAAAUGUGUCAAGGGCACCGUGCUUUCCGAAGACAUCUCGAUCAAGUCCAAAACCGUUCGCCGCUUAGAGGUGGGCGAGGUCUUGGAAGUACUGGAAGGGCCUUCGAAGGAGGACGGCGCCAAUGUGCAGCGCGUCCGAUGCCUCGCCCUCCAGGACUGCGCCACCGGCUGGGCCACCAUCGCUGGGAACCAGGGGACGCCUUUCUUGAUCCAGGAAUUGAACCCGGAGAUUCCAAAGCCCGCCAAAGCCUCCGUGCAAGCAACGGGCGAGGAAGGCGACGUAGGCGACGUGCAAGAGGAAGGAGAGGUCUUGACGCUGGAUGCCACGGAAGACGCCGAUACGGCCACCAAGAACGCCAAUGAGGAGGGCGCCGAAGCCGUAGUCGAAGCUGGUGACGAGGAGGUUGCCGAGGAGGUUGCCGAGGAGGCUGCCGAGGAGGCUGCCGAGGAGGUUGCCGAGGAGGCUGCCGAGGCUGCGGAGGAAGAAGCUGCGGCUGAGCCCACCUUGGACAGCUAG